CCACAAUUGAAAAAAGUUUAUUCACGUGACACAAACAGUGUCUGCUAUUAUCUGUGACAACACAGUUUCGGGACAGUUCAUCAUUGUUCAAGGUCCGUGCUUCUUAACUGGGCAUAUCACUCAUCCGGGAUGGCUCAAAUAUCAGAUAGACAACAUUGAUACGCAUCUGUAACAGCCUACUUGAUCUGCAUUCACGAUGGAAGAUGACUUGAGGAAACCUCUUCUCAGAUCGGCCAGCAUAAAUGAUGGGGAGGAGGUCAUUUCCAGCUACUCCUCCAUCAAUGCAGUGGAAGCUGAUGAAGAAGAUGCAACACCAAAAUUUAAUAACAUUCUUGGCUCCAAUGCAGAUAUCAAACCAAAUGAAGAAGUGACAAUUAAUAGUGAACUGAAAACCAAACUUUACAAGAGACGAUGGUAUAUACUGGUUAUAUAUUCACUGUUUGCGGGCUCUCAAGGUUUAGUAUGGAAUACAUGGGGCCCAAUUUCAGCGUCUUGUGAGGAAGCCUUCGGAUGGAAUAAUGCUGACAUCUCCUUGUUAACGAACUGGGGACCAAUUUCCUAUAUUGUGUCUGCAGUAUUUUUCUCAUGGAUGAUUGAUGUCAAAGGUCUGCGUUGGGCGUGCUUGUCCAGCAUGUUCCUGGUGGCAGCUGGCUGUGGACUCCGUUGUUUCACCUCCACACCCCCACUGGUCACUUGGUUAGUCCAUACUGGUCAGUUUCUAAAUGGCCUGGGCGGGCCAGUUGCCAUGGGAGGGCCCCCUGCCCUCUCAGCCCAUUGGUUUGCCCCCAAUGAGCGGACAACUGCCACCGCUGUGGGUGCUGUGCUGAAUAGCAUGGGUGUAGCGGUGUCAUUUAUUGUGGGACCUCUCCUUGUACCUGACAAAGCCAACCCUAACUGUACCAGUGGAAACCAUUCAGUAACAUUUGGGGAAGACCUGCCCAACUACAGCUUUAAUGAAUUUGAGCUAUUUGACAACAACAGCUGCAGCAAUGCAUCUAAAGCUGCAAGAAUCACUAAAGAGAGGAAAGACAUUAUGUUUCUGAUGUAUGUAGAGCUUGGUUGGUCUAUGGCGGUGCUGUUGGCCAUGCUGCUGUACUUCCCCAAGAAACCACCCAUCCCUCCAUGUAUCUCAGCCUCGGUGAAGAGAGAAAGUUUCUCCAAAGGACUCAAGGACCUGAUGAAGAAAGGAGAUUUCUGGAUCGUGUGUUUUGUGUAUGGCCUGGCCCUGGGCGUGUGUAAUUGUUGGACAGGAGUGAUUGACGUUAAUCUCAAGCCCCAUGGAAUAAGCCAGAAUGUUGCUGGGUGGAUCGGCUUCUAUGGCACAUGUGCAGGAUGUGUAGGAUCACUGAUAAUGGCAAGAUUAGCAGACAUAUUUUCCAAACACAUGAAGUGGAUCAUCUUAGUUUUGUACAUCCUAGGAGGAGGAUUCUUUGUCUGGUUUGCUCUUAUAUGUAAAGGAAUCGCACCAGCAUCUUCAGCAAUGCUGUAUCUGACCGUGAUAGGAGGGGUGACCUCCCUCAGCUCAGCUGUUCCCCUCUUGUUCGAGAUGUCAUGUGAGCUGACAUACCCGAUAGGUGAAGGGACAACUAAUGGGGUCCUCACUCUGAUGAACAACAUCGGAGGCCUGGUGUUUCUUUUUGUCCUGAUGAUACCCAAUAUAGGUACAAUGUGGAUGAACUGGACCAUUAUUGGAGUCAUCACCGUUUGUGUGCCGGUCCUGUUCCUGCUGAAAGACACCUACAAGAGGCUGGAGCUUCGAUGAGGCCAACACUGAAACGACGUAGGAUGGAGGGAAGGGAGACAACUCAGGGAACUGCUCAACGACUGCUGAUAAAAAUUGGUCUCCAGUUAUACAUUUAAGAUUGAAAUAUGUGUAACACACAUGCAAGGGAAUGUUUUGUAAAUAUCUGUUGUCCUCUGGAUCAUCCAGAUGCAGAUCAACCUGGACAGAACUGACUUAUGGAAUUCAUACAGUUUCUUUAUUCUUACACUCCAAAAUUUUGGUACAGGUGAUUAUUGGCAAGUACUUGAUUGAUAAUGGAAUGAACAUGACCAAUACCUCAGGGUCUGAAAUGCAAGUUAAAGAUAAGGAGCCAGAUUGUUUUGUUAGCAGAAAACACUCUCCAGCAUACAUUCCAAGUCCAUUGCCAUCACCAUGAAGCAAUUGCCAGAAGAGUGAUGGACGUUCCAGCAUGCAUGCCCUGUUCAUUGCUGUAAACAUGUAAAUUGAAAGCAUGUGGUAAGGUUUUUAAGCAUUCCAGCAAGAAAUUACCAUAUAAUAUGAUGUGAUCAGUUUGUAUAUACAUUAAACUCAAAUCAACUGGGUACAUGUUGGCUCAAAUGGUACCAGUGUCUGUUAAGCCAUGAGGGCAUCCUGAGUACAUGAUAAAGCGCUACAGUUGUCAGAGUCCAUGUUAAAGUAUAGGAGUUAUUAGUCGUAUCACUAGGAUGGCUUUGUGGAAUGGGGACCUUAGUGGGUAGCUCCAGUCACUCUGCUACGGUGUGCUGAUGUGGAUUGUAAUGGGAAGAUUGAUGGGUAGCUCCAAUCACUCUGCUACAGUGUGCUGAUGUGGAUUGUAAUGGGAAGAUAGAUGGGUAGCUCCAAUCACUCUGCUACGGUGUGCUGAUGUGGAUUGUAAUGGGAAGAUUGAUGGGUAGCUCCAAUCACUCUGCUACGGUGUGCUGAUGUGGAUUGUAAUGAGGACUAAGCUAGAAAGUGUUCUGUGCAUCAACAUGAUGGUCACUCCCUAUGUUGAUACUUACUAGUAUACCAGUCUUAGCACUGAGACUGAUUUGAGGACUUCAUAUCCAUUUCCAGGCCAUAUCUAGUCAUUGUAUUUAGUAACAUAACAAACAACUUGGUGAUCACUAAACUUGGUUUGUUGUCUACUUACCAAACUUUGCCCCUCAUUUAACUAAGUAAGUCUUUAAUUUCCAAAUGUAAUCUUUGUAUAAUGUGUCCUCCACUCUAGCAGCCUAAAGCAUUUUAAGAUUUGUGGUUGCAUAACUCUACUUGCAGGUUUUAACUUAUCUUUUUUAGAAGAAAUACACUAUGGUAAUACUAUGAUUAUAUAGACCACCAUUUUAGCUUUGUUUUAACCACUGUUUGUUAUAUACAUUUUAACUAGAAUAUACAGAAAGACCACAAAAACAGUUUGUUAUAUCUGUCAGUUUAUUUUAAGCAUGUUCCUGUUAAACAUACUUACAGAUACUGUAUGAUGGUAAACAUUAUUUUUUGUAUCUUUUUAUUUUUUUAAAUUCUAUUUAUUCAUCCCUUUCAUAUACAUGUACAAACAGUGAAUAUGUAUUCCUUCAUUAUUUCCAGUUUUCAUCACCAGCUUUGAAUAGCUCUGUGGGAGGAAAUCUUGAGGGAAUAAAUAAAGGAACACUGCCAUGAAGUGGUGUUCCCUUAUUUGUUUCCCUCAGUAUAUUAAAAUAGCAAUAAUACUAAUGUGUGUAAAGUAUGUGCACUAAAGCAUCCAUUUUCUGUAGACACAGAAAACUGUCAAAGGUCUGGCAUUUACAUGUACAGAGAGUGAAUAUGGUACACAUUAAUAUCUUGGUAAUAGUUGUGCUUAUUCAGAUAGCAAUCAUACUAAGGUGUGUCAAGUAUGUGCUCUAAAGGCAUCCAUUAUUUUUUACUUAUUAUUAUGCAGAUUUGUCAGUGUGUUUUGACAGUGGUGUAAUGUAGCAAUUGCUCGGGACACUUGAUCCCAAGUUAGCAGCAUCACUUACUUUGAUCAUGCAAAUAUUGCCAUCAGUCUUUCAUUUACAGCAUACUUUCUUAACCGUUUAUGUUUAAUAGUGAACAAUCAUCCUUAGAAUACUCAAGUUUACCUGUAUUAGAUAACAGUUUAGAAGUUUAUGGGAAUUCUAUUAUCCAUCCAUGUGUGAACAUAGAACUUGCUGCACUGGUCCCUUUUGCAGAAUGCUUUUCAUUGGACAGAA